ACGAGAUGGCCAUCAUGUGCUUCGAAAAAGCAGGUGAAAAGAAUUGGGAAAAAAGGGCGAAGGCAGCUAGAUUUAGGGCAGCUGCUGAGCGAAUUCGUGAUUCUAAUGCCACAGAGGCUUGCAGCUACCUGCGUGAGGUGGCUGAAAUAUUUGACUCUAUUGGGAGGUUCGAGUCGGCAGCAGAAUGUUUUUAUGAUUUGAGGGAGUAUGAAAGGGCAGGACACAUUUAUUUGGAGAAAUGUGGAAACCCUGAAUUAGUAAAAGCUGUCGAGUGUUUUACACUGUCUGGAUGCUAUGAGCAUGCUGCAAGAGUUUAUGCAAAAGGCAAUUAUCUUUCAGAGUGCCUGUCUAUUUGCACCAAAGGGAAAUGUUUUGACCUGGGAUUGAAAUAUGUCGAGUACUGGAAACAUGAUGCUGCUCAGUGUAGUACUCUGGGGAAAAGAGCGGAGGAAAUUGACAAAAUUGAGGGGGAGUUCCUGGAAAACUGCGCUUUUAAUUAUUUUGAGCUCAACGACAGAGGUUCCAUGAUGAAAUUUGUGAAAGCAUUCCCUUCAAUUGACAUGAAAUGCAAUUUCUUGAAGUCUCGUGGGUGCCUUGAUGAGCUGCUAUUGUUGGAAGAAGAAUUAGGAAACUUCACUGAAGCUGCAGAAAUUGCUCGGAUGGAAGGGGAUAUUCUUCGUGAAGCGGAUAUAACAAGGAAGGCUGGGGAUUUUGACAAGGCAUCUUCUCUUGUUCUUCUUUAUGUUCUCUCUAACUCUAUGGAUCUCGGGAAAUAAAGGCUGGCCUUUGAAGUCGUUCCCAGAAAAGAAGGAACCUUUGGAAAAGGCCAAGUCAUUUGCGAAGCUUGGAUCCAACUUUGAGACCACGCACACUGUGGUUAAAGUUUUAUCAAAUGAGUCAAGUGACUGGUCCGGCUUGAAGCACAUUUUCAUUGCGUCUUAGAAAUGUGAGUCUAAUUGGUGAAUUUUUGUGUUGUAGAAAAAUAUUGGAUGUUCAUUUUGAAAAUCAUGCGGCAAAGUAUGUUUGGGAUGAUAACUCAUCAGUCCAUAUACUGAGUUCGGAAGAAUUGAUUAUGUCCGGUCAAGUCAGUGUCAGAACACUACUUCACUUUUGGAAUUUGUGGAGGAAGACUAUCUUUGAUCUUCUUGAAUCUCUUCAGGGCCUUGAGAUAAAAGACUUUGGUGAAUAUAACAGCUUUUGUAAUUUCUGCCUAAGUUACUUUGGUGCUAGGAAGCAAUUGAAUGAUAUCAAUGUUACAUAUGCACUGUUGCAUCCUGCUGCUGAAUGGGUUAAAAAAAUUCACCAAAGUUUCAUCAGAUGGAGCAAAAAUAUGGUAUUUAUUGAUGCUCGGCAUUUUAAAGUUGUUGCUCGACAUCACUGGCAUACCGAAUUACUUAUUGCUGGUUUGAAGGUUCUGGAAACUCUUGAAUUUAUCUAUAAGUCGGCUGCAACUUCAAUGUCUCUUUUCCGGCAUAGCAUGUACCUUCUGAAUAUAUAUGAGAUCGCAAAACUUUUAAGUGAGUCUGAGGACCUUGAUUCUAAGAGUUUUUGGAAAAUACGGAAUUUCUUGACACUGUCUACCAGAUACUUUGAAAAAGCCUUCCCCCUGGACCCUCGACAAUCAUUGGUGGAUAAUAUGAUUUCUCUAUGGAGAAAAGAGCUUUCACGUGACUUGCUGCAAGAAUUCAUCCAUCAAGAUAUUAACACCAG